CCAUCUCAGUUGCAAAGUGAAGUGUGGAACAAAAAACGCAAGAAGCAACACGACGAAUAGAUUAUGAGUUUGGUAGAAGUGCUGUUUUGCAUUACGAAUAUUUUGUAAGUAGCAAUGGAUGGUAUGCCGUAAAAAUUCGUAGUUUAGUAAAGUGUGGAUCACCAAAUUAUCGUAUCUGGAAUAAAAUUAGGUCGACGAUUGCGAAGUGCAAAAUUUUGGCUAAUUUUUUUUCCAACCAAAAUUCCGUUAAAUUCGACGCCACCGGAUACGGUCCUUAUCAGAAACGGGGUCUGUCAGCUGAAAACAGUUGGAAAUCGAAUACCGGGAAAAUUCUAGCCGAAAGGAGGGAAAGUGUUGGCUUUGACAACGACGACGGUGAGGAGCGAAAAAAAAACUUUCCCCAGAGAAGUAAAAAAAAGGAACGGGAAAGCGUGUUGCGUGAGCGGGUGCGAACCAGAGCACGAGAAAGAGUGCGAAAUCGUAGGGCGAAGCGAGCUCAGUGGACACCAUCAGGCGUCGGCUCUUCUGUUGUUCGGCGUAGUGUCAAUUGAGACGAAAAGAGCAAGUUUUUCACCAGGCUCGAUUCGAUUGCGUUGGAUGGCCGGUAUAGGGCGGCACUCCAAUCUGGACACAAAAUGGACGAUUUGGAAGCACAAGGAGAUUCGGAGGAUCAUUCGCGGGUAAUAAUCCACAUCGAUAUGGAUUAUUUCUAUGCCCAGGUUGAGGAAAUACUCGAUCCCAGCCUUAAGAAUAAACCUUUUGGGGUAAAACAGCGGUUCAACAUGGUCACUGCCAACUACAUUGCGCGGGAGUAUGGCGUGAAGAAAUUGAUGCUGAUCAGCGAGGCGAAGAAACUCUGUCCCGAGCUAGUGCUGGUCAACGGAGAAGAUUUGACCAAAUAUCGCCAGAUGUCGGUGAAGAUCAAUGAAAUAAUGCACAAAUUUACUUCCAAUGUAGAGAAAUUGGGAUUAGAUGAGAACUAUUUGGACGUAACGAAGGAGAUCAAUCAACGGUUGGAGCAGGGACCGAGCAUUGAGCAACUUCAAACUGUGGAAGGGUUGAUACAUCCGCCCGUCGAAGAGCCGGGGCUGUCGCAUCGGGAGGCAUUUCAAAGGGCAUGCUCCUGUGGCUGUGAUCGAAGGCUGAUUUUGGCAUCUCAUAUGGCGAAAGAGAUUCGUGAAUGCGUUUUCCGGGAGCUCGGUUUAAGGUGCUGUGCUGGAAUCUCCCAUAAUAAGCUGCUAGCAAAAUUAGUAGGCAGUGUUAAUAAGCAGAACAAGCAGACUGUGCUACUGCCGAACUAUGGGGCCAAGUUUGUGGCAUCGUUAGGGCCAGUUAAAUGUCUGACUGGAAUAGGAGAAAAGACAGCGCAGCUUCUUGAGGAUUGUAACAUUAAAUCGACUCGGGAGCUGCAGGAGGUAUCCCUGGAAACGCUCAGCAAACGUCUUGGCCAUGAGCAAGCUAGCAAGCUGAAGGACAUGGCGUUCGGGAAGGAUGACACCCCAGUUAAAACCACCGGAAAGCCAAAAUCUGUUGGGUUGGAGGACUCCUGUCCGGCGAUUUCUAUUCGAGCGGAUGCCGAAGAUAAGUUUCGGCACUUGCUAGUUCGGUUAGUGAAAAAUAUUGCAGAUGAUGGUCGUAUUCCGAUAGCUAUUAAGGUUACCGUCCGAAAGCAUGACUCAGUGAAAAAGUCUAGCCACCGUGAGUGUAAGCAAGAAAAACUAUUGCCUUCUAACUUUCGACACAAAGACGGAAAAUUGGUGCUGGCGGAGGGUGCUCAGGAGAAAAUUCUGGCCACUGUCAUGAAGGUGUUCGAGCGUAUGGUUGAUCUGCGGCAACCAUUCAACAUUACCCUACUAGGAUUAUCGUUUUUCAAAUUCCAAGAGCGCAAGGCCGGACCGAAAUCGAUUGCAAACUUCCUUAUCAAGAAAUCCGAUAUCGAGGUACAGUCAAUUACGAAUCUUAGCAACGAAUCACUCACAUUAAGUGACAGUUUCGUGUCCAAUAAAUCCUUUCCCAUUGCUAUGGACUGUGAUCAAAUGUCAAACACUGGUUUCUCAGAUUCUGCCUCACUAGCAUCUCUGUCCGGCUCGGAAUCGGAUGCCGAACCUUCUCCCAAGAAAUGUCGCCGAUUGGUAACGUUCCUCGCACGGAAAAAGAGCAGCCUUCUUGCAGCCAGCGAAGAUGAUCUGUCAUCUCCCAGUAAACUCAGGGUCGCCGAUCUUCGAUUGAACUCGAGAGAGUACGAACAGGAGCCUUCCAGUUCAUCGGACAUUGCAACCAGCUCUAAAUUUGGUGGAUUUUUCAAAAAUCACCUUUCCUCAUCUACACCUGCUAAGCCGUCACCUUUAUCAACUGUAAGCGUAAGCAACAGUAACAUCAGCACCAGCAGCACCACCCAGCCUGCAACUGCUGGUAGCGAAACUAGUUUGCCUUCUAACGUCGAUCCGGAAGUUUUCAACGCACUGCCAGCGGAUGUCCAACAGGAGCUACUCCAGAAUUGGCGUUUAGCUAGCCCUGCUCAAUCCACCAGCUCAUCAACGGCGGCAACGUCACCGACAGCCAGCAGUUCGAAAAACACGCUCCAUCGAUACUUUGUUAAGAACACUUAACGGCGGUGCUCUCUGUCUGCUCUUAAACUAGUUGUAGGAUCAGUUUUAUUUAUCAAAAAAUCACAAAAAGUUUUUGUUUUUUUUGUUGCUUUGUCCACUACGUUCGGCUGUAAAUACUAUUACGAGUAUCACGCUAGCAGGUUUUCUGUUCUUUAUUUUUUUCUAGUAUUCUCCAAGGUUUAGCGAUUCAUAUGAAAGAAAAAAGAGAAGUUCUUCUUAGCAAGGAACUGCUGAAAGACAUUAUCUUGUAGAAACUCAACCUGAAAAUGGUUUAGAUGUUCCAAACAUAAAUUUUAUUAAGAUACAAGAAAAUCAAUAAAAACGAAAUUGUGGUUCGACCUGGAUGGUAACCAUCUAGGUGUUACAUUUAUUA